UUUGUUUUCCUUUUACAAAACAAGAAAAUCUUCUUUUUUUUCUCCUCUCUUCUCUAAUUUUUUUUUGUUAAUUCUUAUGAGUCAAGCUCGAGUCACAGUGGUUUAAGACGCAAUGUUGUGCACUCUCCAACAAAGAUGAACACUGCCGCCGCAAUUAAAGCAGCGAUUUGCAGACCGCAAAGCUAUUGUUCUCUCCUGAAAACUGCGUUUUUUCAUUCUACUCCUGUCUUAGAACGCAAACGCCGUUCCUCUUCUUCUUCGGACGGUCUCUUCACUACAUGUAAAUCAAAUGCUCAGAAGAAGAAGAGAAGCAAGAAAUUUUUGAGGGAACAUCAAGAAGCAGUGCGUCGUGCUGUUGAAGAACUUAAACAAGAAAGAGAAGAGGCCGCUAAAAAAGCCAAAGAAGCUAAAGAAAAAGAGAAAACCAAACGACCCCUCAACUCUUGGAGAUCGAAAUAUAACUUCUAUGAAGGAGGAGAAGAAAAAGAUGAGAAAGAAGAAGAAAACAAAGAAGAUGGCUAUGGUUCAAGAAAAUCCAGAGGCUCAGUGUUUGAGUCAAUUGAAUACCAAGCCUCUCAUAGACAAACACUUGGUCUGAGUCCUUGGGGUCCCUUAAAACUCGAAGAUGUCAAAAAAGCAUAUCGAACUUGUGCAUUACAAUGGCAUCCAGAUCGUCAUGAGGAAUUUAACAAGGAGGCAGCUGAAGAAAAGUUCAAGCUCUGCACUGUUGCUUAUCAAUCUUUAAUCGAGAAGUUAGCAGUCAAAUAAGAUUUUUGUGUAACGCAAGAGAG